CGAUAGGGAACGUACGCCGAUCAAAAGCUAGUAGGCCGUGCUGAGAAGUCUUCUUUCAGCCGAGUCACGGGACUGUGAGCCUCAUCGUGAAUGCUCCAACAAUCGCCUCCAUGCUUUCGCCGUGGGAGAAGUUUCGUUAUCACGUCACGCUGAUAAUGCCGCUUCACAUGAUUGCGCCCAGGCGAACAGGAACCUCGCUUACGCGCUUUCGCCUCACUGAGAUCCCCUCGUUGUUCCUGCAUUAUGAAAAUGUCCUUCAAAGUGUGCCUUUCCUGGAAUCGUUCGCCGCCCGAUGGAUGUUUUUUUGCACUCUCGCACGAUCCUUCUUGUCUGCAUCUCAGCGUGCAUCUAUGCCAUUGUCGGCGCAGUCUAUAGACUUUUCUACAGUCCCAUCGCGCGAUAUCCUGGACCUCGCUUAGCGGCAUUGACCUUCUGGUACGAGUUCUACCACGAUGUCGUGUGCAAGGGGCGGUAUUCAUGGAAAAUUCAAGAGCUGCAUCAGAUCUACGGACCCAUAGUCCGGAUCAACCCAAAAGAGUUGCAUGUGGCAGAUCCGGCAUUCUAUGACUCCGUAUACGUGGGACCGGGUCGGAGGACAGAAAAAUGGGAAUACAGCGCACGCAUGUUUGGCACAACCACAGCGGCGGUUGGGACAACAGGACAUGAACUGCACCGAAUCAGAAGAGGGGCGUUGAAUGGCUUCUUCUCGAAAAGGACGGUGGCAGAUCUUGGACAUACUGUUCAAGAUCUGGUUGAUCACGGGUGUGACUUAUUGCGAAGAAGGGGAGUAGCGAGCCGUGUGCUGAACCUGCGCGACUUCUUUGCUGCGUUCUCUGCGGAUGUUAUUGGGAUCGUAGCGUUCGGGAGCAACUAUGGUUUGCUAGAUAGAGAGGACUUUGAACCUGCAUGGCAUAAACUCAUGAUGGACCUGAGCAGUGGCACUCACAUUAUGAAACAAUUUCCCUGGACUUAUCCAUUGCUCAAAUUCAUCCCGCCAUCUAUAGUGUCAUUAUUCCAUCCACCCGGCACCCGUCUCUUCAAUAUUCGCAACGACAUCAAACUCAAGAUCGAGAAAACACGGAGCUCUCUUGGCUCUUCCAGUCCGGAAGAAAAAGAAAGCAUACGGGACCUCGCCUCACAACCAACGGCCUUGCACACGUUACUCACAUCCACACUCCCUGCGCAAGAACUCCUCACCCCCCGACUCGAAGAUGAAGCCUUCACCCUCCUCGGCGCCGGCACUCUGACCACGGCUCACACCCUAACCACCCUCCUUUACCACAUACUCGCCAAUCCCCUUAUCAAGAGCCAUCUGCAAACAGAACUGUCCUCUCUAUACAAUAAUAUCUCUCCAGGAACUUCUUCAAUGCCGCUGGCGGGCCUAGAACACUCACCGUACCUACAAGCCCUGGUAGCAGAAGGUCUGCGGCUCUCCUUCGGUGUAUCCCACAGACUCGCUCGCAUAUCUCCCGACACGGCCCUCCGGUAUGAAGCCGUGUACAACGGGAGAGCAUACGACUACACGAUCCCGGCCGGCGUUCCCGUCAGCAUGACACCCAUGUUCAUGCACCUCGACCCCAGUGCGUUUCCAUCCCCGCACACAUUCGAUCCCUCGCGUUGGCUCACUUCCUCAGACUCUUCUGAGGACGAGAUCGUGGAGUUGAAGAGAAGGAAAGCGUAUCUCGUGCCGUUUAGUAAGGGCACGCGGGCGUGCGCGGGGAUGUGGCUCGCGUACGCGGAGUUGUAUGUUAUGCUGGGGGCGCUAUUUGGGCCUGGU